GACAGUGUUCCUCAGCGUUCCCCCAUGCGUGUUUUCUGAGCUCAAUGUCCGCUUUCUGUCGAUUGUUGCUGUUGUUUGUUUCUUUGUUUAUUGUUUGUUAGCGGACUGUAAACAUGCCGCGCUCCGGUAGCUCCCUGUUCUCCGGGUUCCGCGUUCUCGGGCUCUACUCCAACCACGUGCCGCACGCGCUCCGGUACCACCUGAAGCACCGGGAGUUCUACGUGGUGACUUCAGUGGGCCGAAGCUUCCACACAUUUAACGUGAGCCGCCUGGGGAUUGUUUCUGUCAGUAACAGCCUGGCAGAUGACAUCACGUGUUUGGCGGCUGAUAGGAUGUUGGUGUUUGCCGCCAGCGGGAAGAUCAUCUACGCCUUUGCUCGGAACAAAGAGGUGGUGAUGCGUUACCAUGGGCACAAACAGGAAGUGCGCCUGCUGCUGCCGCUGGGCGAUCAGCUGAUCUCUGCUGACAGUGGUGGUGAUGUCGUCGUGUGGAGCAUCAAGGGAGGAGACAUCUACCUGCAACUGAACUUUGACCCUGGGACCUUUGACGUGUCGGCCAUGAUGCACCCGAGCACCUACCUGAACAAGGUGCUGCUGGGCAGCUCCCAGGGGGCUCUGCAGCUGUGGAACAUCAAGACCAGCAAGCUGUUGUUCACCUUUCCUGGCUGGUCGGCAGGGGUCACCGUCCUGCAGCAGAGUCCAGCCGUAGACGUGGUCGGCGUUGGCACGGUGACGGGACGGAUCAUCAUCCACAACAUCCGAAUCGAUGAGACACUGAUGAGCUUCACGCAGGACUGGGGACCAAUCAGCACACUGGCUUUCAGGACAGAUGGUCCUCCCAUCGUGGCCUCCGGGAGUCCUCAGGGACACAUUGCAUUCUGGGACUUGGAGAGCAGGCAGCUGGUAGCCCAGCAGAGACACGCCCACAGAACAGCUGUCGCUGCGGCAACGUUCCUGCACGGAGAGCCGCUGCUGGUCACCAACGGAGCCGAUAACGCCAUCAAGGUUUGGAUAUUUGAGCAGGAGGGGGGCGGGGCCAGGCUGCUCAGGUGUCGUCAGGGCCACAGUGGCCCACCAAUCACCAUCCAUCACCAUGGCAACGAUGGAAAAAACAUCCUCAGCGCAGGUCAGGAUGGGACACUGCAGUCUUUCUCCACUGUGCACGAGCGCUUCAACAAGAACCUGGGUCACGGAUCUGUCAGUAAGAAGAAGGAGAAGAAGAAGAAGAAGGGUCUGUCGUAUGAAGAGCUGCGUCUUCCUGCAAUCACAGCAUUGGCCUCUGGGAUCACCCGUCAGUCGGACUGGGACGGGAUCGUGGCCUGCCAUCGCGGCCGCCUGACAGCCACCACCUGGAGCUACCAGCGGUGCACUAUGGGAGCUCACCACCUAAAACCUCCAUUUGCCGGAAAGGAUGCCGUUGCCACGGCUGUUGACAUCACUUCCUGUGGAAACUAUGCUGUGAUUGGCUCGUCCUGUGGCCGUGUGGACAUCUACAACCUGCAGUCUGGUCUGCACCGCGGUUGCUAUGGUGACGGCGAGAAGGCUCACGGUGGCGUGGUGCGAGGCGUUGCCACGGAUUCACUCAACCAGCUGACCCUGAGCUGCGGCUCUGAUUGGCUGCUGAAGUUUUGGCGCUUUAAGACAAGGAAACAGGAAGAAAUGCUGAAGCUGGGCGCUGCACCAGCACUUAUGAGACUUCACAGGGACAGCGGGAUGCUCGCUAUGGCGCUGGAUGACUUCACGCUAGCUGUCGUUGACAUUGAAACCAGACGGAUUGUCAGGAAGUUUGCGGGUCACCAUGGCAACAUCACCGACAUGACCUUCAGCCCUGAUGGCCGCUGGCUGGUUACCACAGCGAUGGACUGCACCAUCAGGACCUGGGACCUCCCCUCUGGCAGUCUGGUCGACUGCUUUCUGGUUGCCAUGGCGGUGGUGGGAGUUUCCAUGUCCCCAACCGGUGACUUCCUGGCUACAGCUCAUGUGGACAGUCUGGGCAUUUACCUCUGGAACAACAGGAGCCUGUGUGGGCCUGUGGGGCUCCGCCCACUCCCGGCUGACUACCACCCAGUUGAGGAGACGCUGCCCGGUGUCACUGAGGAGGACACGGCACAGGAAGUGACAUCAGAAGAGACUGAUGAUGCGUACCAGUCAGCUGAACAACUUGGGGUAGAGCUUGUGACGCUGUCGCUGAUGCCAGAGUCUCGAUGGAAGAGUCUGCUGCACCUGGACGCCAUCAAGAAGAAGAACAAACCUGUUGCGCCCCCUGCUGCUCCACCCACUGCCCCUUUCUUCCUGCCAACUGUUCCUGGUCUGAUGCCGCAGUUCCAGUUGCCCCCAACAACCAAACAGGAAACAGAGUCCAAGGUCCUUCCAUGGGGUUCUCUGGCUCAGAGGUCUGAGUUCGGUUCUGCUCUGGAGUCUGCUCUGGAGUCCGGGUCAUUCGAUCGGCCACUGCGACUCCUAAAGGAUUGUGGACCGGCAGGAGUUUCUGUGGAGCUCACCUGUCUGACAGCAGGAGGGGGCGGAGCCAACAACCUCCUGCUUGCCUUCAUCCUCAUGAUUGACAGGAUGCUGGCCACUGGGCGGGACUUUGACCUGGCUCACGCUUACCUGGCUCUCUUCUUGAAGCUCCAUCUGCGCAUGUUGUCCCAGGAUGCUGUUGCUAUGGAGGCGUUGCUCCGCCUCUCAUCCAGAUUGGAGUCUGGGUGGGCGGAUCUUCAAGCAUCAUUCAACCAAUCAUUGUGCCUGUUGUCAUACACAAAGAGUGCGCUGCUGUGACCCACACACACACACACAGUCUGUAUUUGAAUAAAGUGUAUCCUGAUUCUG